CUGCGGCCCGGGAGCAGCCCAGAAGGCAGCGCCCGAAGCGGAUCCAGGCCGCCCGCUAGCCUUUACACGACGCGCCGCGGAGUGUCUUGCCCUCGCAUCAACCCCUCACCGGCGGCGGCUCCUCUCCCCCCUCCACCGUCCUCGCCGCCUCCGCUUCCCCGGGAUCUCGGCUCGCAGGCGACCAUGUAUCGCGCCGCUGGGAGCCAUCUCCGCUCUCUCAAGAAUCAUGGUGCUAGUAGGUUUGCUAGCACAAGUGUAGUGAAGCAAUCUUCAGGUGGUCUGUUUAGCUGGCUUCUUGGCGGAGGCUCAAGCCAACUACCCCCUCUUGAUGUUCCGCUCCCAGGCAUUACAAUUCCUCCACCCCUACCAGAUUUUGUUGAGCAAUCCAAGACAAAAAUCACUACUCUUCCAAAUGGCAUCAAGAUUGCAUCUGAGACAUCACCGGGCGCGGCUGCAUCAGUGGGUUUGUACAUUGACUGUGGUUCUAUUUAUGAAACACCUGCUUCAUCUGGAGCAUCGCAUCUAUUAGAGAGAAUGGCCUUCAGGAGCACAGCAAAUCGGAGUCACUUGCGGUUAGUUCGUGAGGUGGAAGCCAUCGGAGGAAAUGUCUCUGCAUCUGCUUCUCGUGAACAAAUGAGCUAUACCUAUGACGCACUGAAGAGUUAUGCACCAGAGAUGGUUGAAGUUCUCGUUGACAGUGUGAGGAAUCCAGCAUUCUUAGAGUGGGAGGUCAAAGAGCAGCUCCAGAAGAUAAAGUCUGAAAUAUCUGAAGUGUCUAGUAAUCCACAAGGUCUGCUUUUGGAGGCACUUCAUUCGGCUGGGUAUUCUGGGGCACUGGCGAAACCUCUGAUGGCUACAGAAUCUGCUAUAAGGAGAUUGGAUAUUAGUACCCUGGAGGAAUUCAUUCAUGAAAAUUACACUGCUCCCAGGAUGGUUCUUGCAGCAUCAGGACUUGAACAUGAUGAGUUGGUUUUGAUUGCGGAACCACUGCUCUCAGACCUUCCUGGUGUGAAACGUCAUGAAGAGCCAAAAUCGGUGUAUGUGGGAGGGGACUAUCGUUGCCAAGCAGAUUCUCCAAAUACGCACAUUGCACUUGCUUUUGAGGUGCCAGGUGGCUGGCGCCAAGAGAAAACUGCAAUGAUUGUGACUGUGCUUCAGAUGCUCAUGGGAGGAGGGGGGUCUUUCUCUGUUGGUGGCCCUGGGAAGGGAAUGCAUUCUCGAUUGUAUCUCCGUGUCUUGAACAAGUAUGACCAGAUCGAGUCAUUCUCUGCUUUCAACAGUAUCUACAAUGAUUCAGGUCUUUUUGGAAUUCAUGCAGCCACUAGCCCAGAUUUUGCAUCAACGGCCGUGGAUUUGGCAGCAGGGGAACUCCUUGAAGUUGCAACCCCUGGAAAAGUUACUCAAGAACAGCUUGAUCGUGCUAAAGAGGCUACCAAGGCUGCAGUUCUGAUGAACUUGGAAUCAAGAAUUGUGGCAUCUGAAGAUAUUGGAAGACAGGUUCUGACUUAUGGGCAAAGGAAGCCUGUUGAGUACUUCGUGAGAGCCGUUGAGGCGACCACCCUGAACGACAUCUCUACGGUUGCACAGAAGAUAAUCUCUUCACCGCUUACAUUGGCAUCAUGGGGCGACGUUAUCCACGUCCCGAGCUACGAGUCGGUCAGCCGGAAGUUCCUCUCCAAGUGAUCGUUCAUCAGUUGGCACCUGGACGGACCUCUGUGGUUCAUUCCAAAGUUUCAAGCCGUAGCCCUGCACCGGCCCUCGGCUGGAAUAAAAUCGGCGACGCCAUAUUUUUGUUGACUAGUUAUUACAGCGAUGAAUAACCAUAAGUUUUCUGUCAUCUGGCGUGCGCUCUACCGUGCAGCUACACUAGGGUCGCCCCUAAAUCAGGCGACGUCGUGUGAUGUUUUAGUUGAGAUCCAUCUGUUCAUUUUGGGGUUUUUACAUAUGAAUGACGCAACAGAUUUGGUGCCCUCCUAUCAUCUUUACGGUGUUUCGUAGUAACAUAAUACAGUAGUAUAGCGUUUUCAACUCCA